GUCCUCACAACGUUUCUUCAUACUUCCUGAAUCCGGAAAAUACUGUCAUAUCUAAUUCAAAAUCAUCAUCAUGCAGUCCCUAUCUUCACCUUCGCCUACCGUCAGUGAAGGUCUUGCUCGAGCUGCAGACGCACUUCAAAUCAUGCAAAAUUCUGGCGAAUUGGCCCCUGUGGUCACAAUAUCGGAAGCAGUCUCACCGAAUAUUCCACCUGCUCUGUUCGGUGCUGGGGGUCCUAUGCUGAAAAAAUUCGAUGUCGAAUCAACGAUGACCAGCCGAAAAGGUUCAACAGCACCCACACCUCCACCUGCCGUCAAGGGAAUCGGAAAGAAGGUCGCGAAACCUGAUUAUUCGGAAUCCAAGAUCGUAGUUGCCAUGGUCGGCCUGCCUGCUCGAGGAAAAUCCUAUCUCAGUAACAAACUUAUGAUCUAUCUCAAUUGGCUCGAAUACGACGUCACGGUUUUCAAUGUUGGCCAACUAAGACGGUCGAAAGCACGUCAAAAGGCGCAACAGCUUGGGAUCAAAGAAGACCAUACGGCCUCUUUCUUCAGCCACGAGAACGUUGAAGCGACACAGAGUCGCGAUAGUCUGGCCCAGGAGAGUUUAGAGACGCUGAUCCAAUGGCUUAAAGAUGGAGGCAAUGUCGGGAUACACGAUGCCACGAACAGUACGAGAAGCAGACGAGCCAAGAUUGAGGCCCGCAUAGCCCAAGAAAAAGGAAUGUCCUUGAUUUUCCUUGAAUCUAUCUGCGACGAUCCAGCCGUGAUCGCUGCCAAUGUUGCAUUGAAAGUAAGCCAAGGUGACCCGGACUAUAAAGACAUGUCCCGUGAGGACGCGAAACGCGAUUUCCUCCGACGUAUCAAGGAAUAUGAGAAGAUAUACGAAACCAUUACUGAACCGCACCUCUCUUAUGUCCGAAUCGUGAAUGUUGGUGAAGAAGUGACUUUGUCCAGGAUACACGGGUACCUCUCCAGUCGGAUCGCGUAUUAUUUGAUGAAUCUCCAUAUCAAACCCAGGAGUAUUUACCUGUCGCGGCACGGCGAAAGUCAAUACAAUGUCGAAGGUAAGAUUGGUGGGGACUCUUUGCUUUCACCUCGCGGUAUGCAGUAUGCCAAGGCGUUACCGGCUCUUGUCACUGAAUCUGUGGGGGAUCAAACACUAACUGUCUGGACUUCAACACUGAAACGAACCAUUCAAACCGCUCAAUACCUUCCCUACACCAAGCUCACUUGGAAGUCACUAGACGAACUAGAUGCAGGCGUGUGUGAUGGAAUGACCUAUGAAGAAAUUGAGAAACAAUACCCAGACGAUUUUGCCAAUCGGGAUGAUGACAAGUUUAACUACCGGUACCGAGGCGGCGAGUCGUACAGAGAUGUAGUUAUCCGACUCGAACCGGUCAUUAUGGAACUCGAGCGUCAGGAGAACAUCUUGAUCGUUGGCCAUCAGGCUAUUCUACGGUGUCUGUACGCAUAUUUCCACAGCUUCCCUCAAGCAGACCUCCCAUACAUCAAAAUACCAUUACACACCGUGAUCAAGCUGACACCUAGGGCUUACGGUUGUGAUGAAGCACGAUUUGCUCUCCCAAUUGAAGCUGUUGACACGCACCGUCCGAAGCCUGGGACUGCAGACAAACCUUCAGAGUCUUCGAAUACGACCCAGAGGAAAUACUUUGCAGAGCAUGAACAGCCGAGGAUGCAUGCUCCGGUUCCUAAAAAAGACAUUUAGGGCAUCCGUCCCCGGCCAUGGCAUUCACAUUUUUAAUACAUUUUCAAAGCCGUUACUCAGUGGCGUCCCUGUCUACCCUCGUCUACCUCAACUCCGGACUUGCAUCGCUAUCAAUCAUGGUUGCUUGUUUACAAUGUACAUAUUAGCGAUUUACUCAACUUGUCCCAAAAAGUUCUGGCCAAACCAAGAGACCCAGACUGAACUACACUAUUGUUCAAAUUUAAAUACAAUGUGA